UUGUCACAGGAAGGAAGUGCCAGCUUGUUUUUAGCUUAACGCACGUUUUUAAACAGGAAGUUGUUGUAAACAAACCGGUUUUUGUGAUCAAAACAAGGAAGAAGAGCAUUUUAUUCGUCCGUAAUGGAAACAGUAACUCUUUAGUGAAGUAAAACAACUAAACCAGAACAUGGAGGAGCAGCUGCAGCUCGGAGAGAACCCGAACCCGGACUGGAUGUCUCGUCUCCCGGAGGAGCUGCUGGAUGUCCCACUGUGGAACCUGGCUCUACCUGGGAGCCAUGACAGCAUGUCUUUCUGCCUGGAUGUGUCCUCUCCCGUCCUGAGAUCAGAGUCCUGUCUCCUCAGAGGGAUGGACCGGCUGGUCCCCUGCUGCACUCGACCCUGUGUCUCUCGCUGGGCCACCACACAGCAAUCAGUCCUCAGUGAUCAGUGUGAUCUUGGUAUUCGUUUCUUGGACCUGCGGAUCGCCAGGAAGCCAGCAGGAGGCAACACAUUGUUUUUCGCUCAUGGCAUCUACACACUGAUGACUGUGAAGGAGGCUCUGGAUGAACUGGCUACCUGGUUGGAUGCUCAUCCCAAAGAGAUCGUCAUCAUCUCCUGCUCGCAUUUUGAAUCGUUGACCGACGAAGAUCACUUCCACCUUGCAGAGUACAUCAUCACGCUGUUCGGAAAGAAACUCUGCUCCUCACAGGACGUUCCCACUCUGCGUUCCUGUUGGUCCAGAGGUCAGCAGGUCGUUGUUUCUUAUGACAACCAGCAGAUGGUGCUGCAGCACCCGCAGCUGUGGACUGGAAUACCUUACUGGUAUGCCGACAGCCCAGACCCUAAACAGGUGAUUGCCUACCUGGAGGACAUGAAGCGCAGAGGAAGACCAGCUGGUUUCUACGUCAGCGGUCUGAACCUGACAGAAGACGCUCCCUACGUCCUCCUGCAUCCCCUCCAGGGCAUGAGGAAGAUGACGAUGAGGGCCCUCUCGCUGCUGCUCCGCUGGGCGGGCGAGCAGCGGCCGGGGCGCCAGGCCAGCAGGGUCAACAUCCUCUGCUGCGACUUCGUGGACGUCAGUCAGUUCUGCUCGCUCGUGAUUGGCCUGAACUACAAACUGCUGGGUGGAGCCGGCGCGCCCGCCGCUCCUCGUCCCGUCUGCAGGAUGCCUCGAGCAUCAUCUUCCUCAGACAUCACUGGCUGUUGCCAUAGCAACCAGACUGGAUAUCCAACAUAGGAAAACAAAUCUUAAGAAGCUGGUUUUCUUAUUUCUGCUUUUUUCAACAACAAAAAAAUGCCAAAUAAUACUUAUUUUACCUCUUAAAUAUGUUCGAUCAUGUAAAAACUGUAUGUCACGUUUAUCACCCUUAUCUCUUGUACAUUACGCACAGUAUCAUCUUUGUAUGAUUUUCAGAUUGUACAUAUCGGUUUUACCUUAUGUAUUGGACUUUUGUACACUUUUUUAAAACUAUUUUUCUUGCCAUUCUGUUGUAUAUACUUUCAUACAUUAUAUAAAUAAAUGCUUAAAUAUAUUUUUAACUGUUUUCGCAUCUGUCCGUGUGUAAUGAUAUCAGUAAUCAUGUGGUAUCAGUAAUGAGUAGAGCAAAGCUUUAAUGUCCCUGAGGGGCUUAAAGACAGCAGUUCAAUAAUAAUAAAUGCAAAAAAAAUACAACAAUGAAUAAAAAAAAACAGCAAU